ACAGCAUAAAAAUGCGUGGUUUUUCACCUGAAAAAAUCUCUCGAUGGUUGAAAGUACCCAAAAAAAAAAACAAACAAAGAAAAAGAGAAAAAAUCUCAGAAGCUUGGAGUCUUGAUCGAAUGUCAAUGCCUACUGAAAAAUUCGCUGGCCUCUGAUUUAGGUCAGGAUUUUGAAACAUGAGAUGGUUCAGAGCCAUCAUCUUACUGAAUCGCAAUGAACAUAUAUAUCAAACAUGGCCAAGAUGCAUAACUACAUUGGAUUCCUUCAACUCGCUCAGACCAUUACCAGACUAUUCCCCCAGAAAACCCACAGUGAAAGAUUCUAUACUAGUAGACCGAAUAUGCACAACCAUCUCCCAACGACCCUUGGAGCCUUUCAACAUCAUUCUGAAUCGCAUUCAAUCCAACUUCAAUUACCACCAUCUUGUCUGGGUUUUAAUCAGAAUUAAAAACAACCCAAAAUUAGCCCUUAAAUUCUUCAGAUGGGCGGGGGCUCAAAAUAUCCGGUCCAUGGAAGCUUACUGCAUUAUAAUUCAUCUGUUGGCAGCAUCAGGUAAAAUCAAGGCUGCAGAGGAUUUUAUCAGGGACGUUGUCUUAAACCCUCAAAAGGCCUUUGCUUCGAAUCCAAAUCAGCUAUUUAAUAUGAUGAUUUACACAUACAAGGUAUGUGGUUCCAAUCCUCUUGUCUUUGACUUGUUGGUUAAGGUUUUUGCACAGAAUGGAAUGGUUCAUGAGGCUAUGGAUAUUUUUCAGGGAGUUUUGAGAUAUGGGUUUAGGGUUUCUGUCCAUUCUUGCAAUGCCCUUUUGGGGGUUUUGCUCAAAGCCAAUGAAGUCGAAUUGGGUUGGAAAUUUUAUCAGCAGAUGACUAGGAAUGGGAUUAGUGUAAAUUUGUACACUCUAAAUAUGAUUGUUUAUGCUCUUUGUAAGGCAGAUAAUGUAGAAGAAGCAGAGAGGUUUGUUGGUGAGAUGGACGAGAAAGGUUUGGUGGCUGACGUUGUAAGUUAUACUACAAUAGUUGACGGGUACUGUAGGAAGGGAGAGGUGGAAAAGGCUAUCAAAGUUGUAGGCGAAAUGGUGCAGAAGCAGCUAGAGCCUAAUGUGUUUACGUACAGUACUCUUAUCAAUGACCUUUGCAAGCAGGGCAAGGUUGCCAAGGCAAUGGAAUUGUAUAAGAAUAUGAUAGAUAGAGGUGUCAAUCCAGAUAAUGUUGUUUAUGCAACACUGGUUCGUGGUUUUUGCGAACUAGGCAAUUUGCAAGAGGCUUUCAGACUUGUGGAUGAAAUGGUUAAAAGGGGCCUCACUCCUAAUGUUGUUGUAUAUAAUACCCUGCUUGAUGGUCUAUGCAAAAAGAUCAAAAUGAGGGAUGCAGGACAGCUUUUUCAGGAUAUGUGCAAUAAGAAUGUGGUUCCAGACAAAGUUACUUAUACCACCUUGAUUAAUGGAUACUGCAAGGAAGGAAAUAUGCACAAGGCUUUUAGACUGCACAAUGAGAUGAUUGGCAAAAGAAUAGCGCCUAAUGUUGUUACAUACACUGCCCUCACCAAUGGCCUGUGUCGAAAGGGAGAGGUGGAGAUAGCAAACAAACUCCUAUAUGAGAUGGCUGGAAAGGGCCUCGUGCUAAACAUUUUCACUUAUAAUUCACUAAUCCAUGGCCUUUGUAAGGUUGGGAACAUUGAACAAGCAGUUAAACUCGUAAACGAUAUGGUUGAGGCAGGGAUGGAUCCAGACACUGUAACAUAUACAACAUUAAUAGAUGGAUAUUGCAAGCAGGGGAAUUUAGCUGCAGCUUUUGAGUAUCUUAGUAAAAUGUUGGAAAAUGGUGUUGAACCCAAUGCUGUAACGUAUAAUGUACUAACAGAAACACUCUACAAUGCUGGGAAGAUCACAGAAUCAAAUAUGAUCUUUGCCAAAAUGGUACAGAAAGGUAUUUCACCUAAUGUUGUCAGCUAUAAUUUUCUUCUGCGACAGUCCUGUGAUCAAGGCAUGAUGCAAGAUGCAAGCAAACACUUAAAGAAAAUGACAGAACAAGGUCACAUUCCUAACAAAAAUACCUAUAAUUUGCUGAUUGAAGGACAUUGCAAGAUAGGAAAUUUAGAGGAGGCAUGUAAAGUGUAUAGGAUAAUGGUUAGGAAUGGAUUCAGGCCUGGAGUCGGUAUGUACAAUACGCUAAUUGAAGCCCUUUCUAAAAAGGGAAAACUGCAAGAGGCAAGGGACCUAUUCAAUGAGAUGAGAAAGAGGGGCUUAGUUCCCGACAGAGGUGUCUAUAAUGCAUUUAUUGAUCAGAACUACUUGGAGGGCAAUGUGGAAGAGGUGCUUGAUCUUCGUGAUGAAGUAGCAUAGAAGUGUUUCUUGGCAAGUCCUUUGGAAUGGAGGAUUUAAAAAUGCAAUCUUAUACAAAACUCGAAAUUAAAACAAAGCUAUUACUGUGGAUAAUGAUGAAAUUUAAUGCAUUUAAUGGCUCCAUGGGAGUGCGAAAAUGCAUUACAAAUUUACAAUAAGAUUUCUUCAGUUCUACAUUGUGGAUAGUCUUGUAGGAAACAUUCAAUGUUUUGCCUCAGAGGAUUGAAGCCUUUCAGGUUUAAGCUGGUAUGCCUCAGCAGAGCGCAAUGGCAAUCACUGAAUUUUUCAACGACUUUCCACAGGUAUUUGCUGAGACAAGCAAAUGACUUUAGUUGAACAUUUGGAGCAAAUCGUUUUGGAGAUUCCAUUUUUAUCAGAUUGAAAAAUAGUAAAUGACUAUCGAAGCUGAUACGGCUAUAGCCUCUGGAAGUGGUACUGUCAGAAUUGACAAAAUGGUAUUUACAAGAGAAAAGAGUCUUCGAGUCCAAGAGAAAUAAACAGAGCUGCUCUUGGGGAUGUAAAAAUUGGAAUCUGAUGCCGACUUUUAGGUAGAUUUCGGUGGAUGAAUUGAAGAGAUGUGUUUUAGGAGGAUUUCCAAGUGCAAG